AUGGACGAUAUUGCGCGUAUGUUACAAGAAUUAUCAGACGAAGAAGUAGGAGAUACAUUUGAAGAUUUUGAUAGUGACAGUGAUCUUAGUGACGAAAAUAUUGAUUACGAUAAUUUUGACAGUGAUUCGGAACAGAAUAUUUCGGAUGAAGAAGUAGAAGCAAUGUACACAGAUGAACUAUAUUAUACCGGAAAAGAUAAGGUUAGAAUCAAAAAAGGACACCAUGCGAAUGUUUUGGAACUAUGGGCCAACGAUGGGACAGGAAUCGAAAUUACUAGAGCGGUUAUGAGCUACAAACGGUUUUUAUUUAUAACACGUUGUUUACGAUUUGAUGACCGAUCAACUAGAGCUGUUAGGCGUAAAUUUGAUAAAUUGUCAGCUAUUCGUUCAUUUUUGGAUUCUUUUGUAAAUAAUUCUAGGGCUUCUUAUAAUAUGAGUGAAUUUACUACAAUAGACGAAAUGCUUCAUCCAUUCCGUGGUCGUUGUCAGUGGAUCCAAUAUAUACCAAGCAAACCAGCAAAAUAUGGUAUCAAAAUGUAUGCUUUAUGUGACGCAAAAUAUUUUUACACGUCAAAUUUGGAAGUUUAUUGUGGUAAACAGCCAGAAGGGCCGUAUGAUAAUUCAAACGCACCAAUGGAAAUUGUAAAAAGGUUGGUAACGGAUAUCGAAAAGUCCAAUAGGAAUCUUACCACUGAUAAUUACUAUACAAGCAUUCCUUUAGCCGAGUAUUUGAUGCAAAAACAAAUAACUCUUGUUGGUACACUGAAAAAAAACAAGAGAGAGAUUCCUCCUGAGUUUCUUCCCCAUAAGAACAAAGCUGUUUCUUCCAGUAUAUUUGGUUUCCAAAAAGAUAAAAUGCUCACUUCUUACGUUCCUCGUAAAAAUAAAACUGUUAUAUUACUUUCUACGAUGCAUGAAAAGGGAAGAAGCUUGAUAAUUUUACUAAAAGCCAGAAAUAAUCAUGGAUUAUAA